GAGGAGGGAAAGAGGGAGCGCGAGGGAGGGACGCGUAGAACCGAGGGACAACUUUUCCACCGCGUGUUCCUGGUAGCAGAGAGUUGAAUGAGAAGUAAUGCGAAGCCAUCAUGGAGGCCCAGUCCCACAGCUCCACGACCACUGAGAAGAAAAAAGUUGAGAAUUCUGUAGUGAAAUGCUCUACUCGAACAGAUGUCAGCGAGAAAGCCGUGGCCUCGAGCACCACUUCCAAUGAGGAUGAAAGUCCUGGACAGACCUAUCACCGAGAGAGAAGAAACGCAGUCACCAUGCAGCCACAGAGUGCUCAGGGGCUUGGCAAGAUCAGUGAGGAGCCUUCCACAUCGAGUGACGAGAGGGCCUCGCUGAUCAAGAAGGAGAUCCAUGGGUCCCUGCCGCACCUGGCCGAGCCCUCGGUGCCAUACCGCGGGGCUGUGUUCACUAUGGACCCCAGGAACGGUUACAUGGAACCUCACUACCACCCUCCUCACCUCUUUCCUGCGUUCCAUCCUCCUGUGCCAAUUGACGCAAGACACCAUGAGGGGCGUUACCAUUAUGACCCGUCUCCAAUUCCUCCAUUGCAUGUGCCUUCUGCCUUAUCUAGUAGCCCGACGUACUCGGACCUGCCCUUCAUUCGGAUCUCCCCACACCGGAACCCUGCUGCAGCUUCCGACUCCCCCUUCAGCCCUCCGCACCCCUACAUCAACCCUUACAUGGACUACAUCCGGUCCCUGCACAGCAGCCCAUCCCUGUCCAUGAUCUCCGCGGCCCGGGGGCUGAGCCCCACAGAUGCACCCCAUGCUGGAGUCAGCCCUGCAGAGUAUUACCAUCAGAUGGCACUGCUGGCCGGCCAGCGCAGCCCCUAUGCAGACCUUCUUCCCUCAGCUGCCACCGCUGGCGCAGGGGCCAUCCACAUGGAGUAUCUUCACGCCAUGGAUAGCACCAGAUUCCCCAGCCCUAGGCUGUCAGCCAGGCCGAGCCGAAAACGUACGUUGUCCAUAUCGCCACUGUCCGAUCAUAGCUUUGACCUUCAGACCAUGAUAAGGACAUCUCCCAACUCCUUGGUCACAAUUCUAAAUAAUUCCCGCAGCAGCUCUUCAGCAAGUGGCUCCUAUGGUCACUUAUCUGCGAGUGCAAUCAGCCCUGCCUUGAGCUUCACCUACCCUUCUGCACCCGUGUCUCUCCAUAUGCACCAACAAAUCCUAAGCCGGCAGCAGAGCCUGGGCUCGGCCUUCGGACACAGUCCUCCGCUCAUCCAUCCGGCCCCGACCUUUCCAACACAGAGGCCUAUCCCCGGGAUCCCGACAGUUCUGAACCCCGUCCAGGUCAGCUCCGGCUCUUCCGAGUCCUCACAGAACAAGCCCACGAGUGAGUCUGCGGUGAGCAGCACUGGCGACCUGAUGCACAGCAAGCGGUCCAAGAUCAAGGCCGACGACGACCUGCCCAGUCCUGGGCCGCGGGGUCAGCAGGAACAGCCAGAAGGAACCACCCUGGUGAAGGAGGAAGGGGACAAAGAUGAAAGCAAACAGGAGCCUGAAGUCAUCUAUGAGACAAAUUGCCACUGGGAAGGCUGCACGCGGGAGUUUGACACCCAGGAACAGCUGGUGCACCAUAUAAAUAAUGACCAUAUUCAUGGAGAGAAGAAGGAAUUUGUGUGCCGGUGGCUGGAUUGCUCAAGAGAGCAGAAACCCUUCAAAGCCCAGUACAUGUUGGUGGUACACAUGAGGAGACACACAGGAGAGAAGCCUCACAAAUGCACUUUUGAAGGUUGCACAAAGGCCUACUCAAGACUAGAAAACUUGAAAACACACUUGAGAUCUCACACUGGAGAGAAACCGUACGUCUGUGAGCACGAAGGUUGCAACAAGGCUUUCUCAAAUGCCUCCGACCGCGCCAAGCACCAAAACAGAACACAUUCCAAUGAGAAACCAUAUGUGUGCAAAAUCCCAGGCUGCACCAAGCGCUAUACAGACCCAAGCUCCCUCCGGAAACACGUGAAGACAGUGCAUGGCCCAGAGGCUCAUGUCACCAAGAAGCAGCGUGGGGACAUUCAUCCUCGCCCCCCCCCACCACGAGAUUCCGGCAGCCAUUCACAGUCCAGGUCACCCGGCCGGCAGACUCAGGGAGCCCUUGGUGAGCAGAAGGACCUCAGCAACACUACCUCAAAGCGGGAGGAAUGCCUCCAAGUGAAAACGGUCAAGGCGGAGAAGCCCAUGACAUCUCAGCCAAGCCCUGGUGGUCAGUCUUCAUGCAGCAGCCAACAGUCCCCCAUCAGCAACUAUUCCAACAGUGGGCUCGAGCUUCCUCUGACUGAUGGAGGGGGUGUGGGAGACCUCAGUGCCGUCGACGAAACCCCAGUCAUGGACUCGACCAUUUCCACUGCAACCACAGCCCUCGCUCUGCAAGCCAGGAGAAACCCAGCAGGGACCAAAUGGAUGGAGCACGUGAAGCUAGAAAGGCUCAAGCAAGUGAAUGGGAUGCUUCCGCGACUGAACCCCAUCCUACCCCCUAAAGCCCCUGCGGUCUCUCCUCUCAUAGGAAAUGGCACCCAGCCCAGUAACAGCUGUAAUUUGGGCGGGCCCAUGACCCUCCUCCCGAACAGAAGCGACCUUUCCGGGGUGGACGUCACCGUGCUGAACAUGCUGAACAGGAGGGACAGCAGCGCCAGCACCAUCAGCUCUGCCUACCUGAGCAGCCGGCGCUCCUCGGGCAUCUCCCCCUGCUUCUCCAGCCGGAGGUCCAGCGAGGCGUCCCAGGCCGAGGGCCGGCCCCAGAACGUGAGCGUGGCCGACUCCUAUGACCCCAUCUCCACAGACGCCUCGCGCCGGUCCAGUGAGGCCAGCCAGUGCGACGGCCUGCCCAGCCUGCUGAGCCUCACGCCGGCCCAGCAGUACCGCCUGAAAGCCAAGUACGCUGCGGCCACGGGCGGGCCGCCGCCCACGCCACUGCCCAACAUGGAGAGGAUGAGCCUGAAGACCAGGAUGGCCCUGCUCGGGGACGGCAGGGAGUCCGCGGGGGCCCUGCCCCCCGUCCACCCUCCCCGGAGAUGUAGCGAUGGGGGUGCCCACGGUUACGGCCGGCGACCUCUGCUGCCCCAGGACACGCUGGGCCACAGUGUGAGAAGAGCCAGUGACCCGGUGAGGACAGUGUCGGAGAGCCUCUCUCUGCCCAGGGUGCAGCGUUUCAACAGCCUAAACAGCUUUAACCCUCCGGUUCUGCCUCCAUCCCUGGAAAAGCGUAACUUAGUGCUUCAGAAUUACACACGGCCUGAGGGUGGCCAGUCCCGCCACUUCCACUCGUCUCCUUGCCCUCCGAGCAUUACUGAGAAUGUCACCCUGGAGUCCCUGACCAUGGACACUGAGGUGAACCUGAACGAUGAGGAUUUCUUGCCUGAUGACGUGGUGCAGUAUUUAAAUUCCCAGCACCAAGCCGGGUAUGAACAGCACUUCCAGAGCGCCAUCUCUGACGACAGCAAAAUGGCCCCUGGGCCCAGCCUGGGGAGCGACUUUGACCCACCAGGACUGCCGGACAUCCACGCCAGCCAGCAGUACCGCGCGCUGGAGCAGCCCUGCCCGGAAGCCAGCAAAGCUGACCUGCCCAUUCAGUGGAACGAGGUCAGCUCCGGCAGUGCCGACCUGUCCUCCUCUAGGCUGAAGUGUGGCCAGCGGUCCACGGCACAGCCGGCUCGAGCCUUCGGGUUAUACAGCACUGUGGGCGGCCACCCACAGAAUCCCUUAAGGAACGGGCCUGGCCCAGCAGGGCCAGGGGGCUAUCCGACCCUCGGGGAGCAUGGCAGCGCCUACGGCGGCCCAGAGCACUUGCUAAGCCACAGCGGCGGGACCGGCACCACCGGAAAUGCCUUCCACGAACAGCCCUAUAAGGUUCAGCAGUAUGGGAACUGCCUCAACAGGCAGCCUGGGGCCCCCGGCCCGCUGGACAGCGCCUGUGGUGCUGGGAUUCAAGCGGCAAAGCUGAGAAGCACCACAAUGCAAGGCAAUGGCAGCCAGCUGGAUUUUGGCCUGUCAGUGGUGCCCAGUGAGUCAGCUGGCAGCACAGUGACUGGCAUGCCAACUCGAGACCCGGUGGGACAGGGGUACUUGGCACAUCAGCUACUCAGUGAAAGCAUGCACCACCAGGGGGCAGGCCGCCCCGGACAGCAGGUGCUGGGGCAGGUUAGUGCUACCUCACAUAUCCACAUCUAUCAAGGGCCAGAGAGCGGCCUGCCAGGGCCUCCCAGCACUGGGGGCCAGCUAUCAAGCUUGGCAUCUGUCAGAGGCUACCAGCCGUGUGCCGGCUAUGGAGGCAGCAGGCGCCAGGCAGUGCCGAGAGGCAGCCUCAUUCUCCACCCAGGACAGCACAGUGACACAAGUCAGACCUGCAGGGUGAAUGGCAUCAAGAUGGAGAUGCCAGGGCAGCCCCAUCAACUCUGUUCUAAUGUUCAGAGUUACUCUGGUCAGUUCUAUGACCAAACCGUUGGCUUCAGUCAGCAAGACAUGAAAACUGGUUCGUUCUCUAUUUCAGAAGCCAAUUGCCUGCUACAGGGGGCCAGCGCCGAAAAUUCUGAGUUACUUUCCCCAGGUGCUAACCAGGUGACAAGCACAGUUGACAGCCUGGACAGCCAUGAUCUGGAAGGGGUGCAGAUUGAUUUCGACGCUAUCAUAGAUGACGGGGACCACGCCAGCCUGAUGUCAGGAGCCCUGAGCCCGAGUAUCAUUCAGAACCUUUCCCAUAGCUCCUCCCGCCUCACAACGCCACAGACAUCCCUCCAGUUGCCAGCACUGUCUGUGAGCACCACCAACAUGGCCAUUGGGGACAUGAGUUCUUUGCUGACCUCCCUCGCGGAGGAAAGCAGAUUCCUUGCAGUUAUGCAAUAGGCGCUAGGAAAAAAGACUGCCAACAAACAUGAAACUUUAGGAGUUUAAAAGAUUAAAUUGAUUCACUUUUUUGCUGGUUUUUUUGUUUUGUUUUGUUUUUUGUUUGUUUUGUUUGUUUUUGGGGGUUUUUUUUGUGGGAGUUUUUUUGUUCUUUUUUCUUUAGUUCUGUAUGUAUUUAGCAAUCUCAUCUCAUCUAACUGGGAUGUGUUUCAAGUAUAUUCCUUUUAUGGAAAAGGACUCUGAAAAACCCUAAAGUAUUCUAGGGAGAAACUAUCUUCCAUUUCAGUUUGAAUCAGUAUUGUUAUACUCAAACCACCCACUUUUUUUCAAACUGUAAGCCUGCCCCCUUUUUAGUAAACCAGUGUAAAUGUGUGACGUGCAUGUUCUUCCUUCUUUUCAAAGAGAGGUCAAACUAAAGGAUUUGACAUGUUUCUUUAUUACUCAAAGGAACUAGGAGUUGGUAUGCCUUUGACCACAGGGUUACAUGUCCAGCUUUUGAAAUUUUCCUUUGCAUAUGCUCAGCGAUUUUUGUUUUGUUUCGUUUUUUAAUUGCUACAAUGGGCACCAGAAUCCAAAUAUGGAUAGUGAGUUUUAAGAAUUUUUGUGGGUGCACUGCAUCAUAGAUCACAGAUUUCUGACAUGCCCCCCACCCCUAAUUCAGUUCAGGGCAUGCCUUGGACAAUUGCACACAAGUGGAAAUCGGGGCUCUUGAAAUGAGAUAGUUUGCUCACAGGUUGGAUCUAUAAUUCUUGUCCGCAGAGUGCUUUGUGGGAUAUGUGUGUACAGUCAGUCCUCAGUUACCCAGUUGGCCUCUUCUCCCUCUUUCUUCAUGAAUGUUCAGUGCUCCAGUGAGAGAGGGAAAGGGCGGCUGGUGACACUCAGACACAUUGCUUCUUUCAUCUGUUCUGGUUAGAAGUUAGGUAGAUUACAGAUUGAAAGCUAUUGGACAGAAUUGGUUUCGGGAAUGUUUGUGGGUUUGCUGUCCUGAUGAGCUCGCUCCGUCUCUUUACCGUUACCAGAUAACUGAGAAUUGGUGUUAUGUAGCUGUCAGUAUAUAGGUAUUUGAACAACCCCACCACCGGCUGUCACUAACAUAUUAAUCCCACUAGAGUCAAGGACUACUAUUUUAAGCACCCUAUUUUCAGGGAUUUAUAAUACUUGGUUGUAACAGAAAAUCUCACAUACAAUGAAAAUUGGAAUAAAUUGCUUUAACCAUUUUUGGUAUUUGAGAGACUAGGGAGGAUGUUUAGUAGCUGUUGGAUGCCUUUUUUUUUUAUACCCUAUCUAUUAAAUGCUGCAUCCAUUUAAGAAAUUAAAUGUUCUAUGCAGUUCUUAGUGUGGACUUAAUCUGUCCUUUUGUUUUGGAUAAAAACAUUUAAAAAUUAAAAAGUGCAGCUGCUUUCCAUGUGCAGUGGAUACACAUAAAAGACAUACUAUGUGUGCACAGAGUACAUAGAUUAUCCAGCAUUUUACUUUUUAAAAUAUGUAAACUAUUAAAAAAUAUACGCAUUAACACCUCAGACUACCUGCUGUAUUCUUCCCGUUGAUCCUGGAGUUGGAUUUAUCCAAAGUGAUUUGUGGUUCAAUUGUGUGACUUUUUCCCUUUAUUCCUGCCAUUUAAAUUAAUAUUAGAAAGACAAAAUCAGGUACAAUAAAAUAUUAGAUAAUAGAAAGAAUGUUAGGACCAGCCCAUUUUUGUCAUGUUUAUGUUCUCUCAGUUGGUUCAAGAAUCUCAGCACGGAGGUGAAUUUCCUUUUGGAACUUUGUGGCUAAGACAGUUGGGUUUGCUUUCAACUGAAUAUUCCUGAGAUCAGCAGAAGAAUAUUCCUGGAUGCUGAGAUUUUUCCUCCACAUUCUGCCAUUCUCCCACAUGCAGCACCUUCUUUAAAAUCAAAGGAUGCAUCUGCUGUGGAAUAGGACCCAGAAGCAACAGACAGGGAAAAGCAAGGCUUUUUCUGUGUUCCUGAAACAGGUCACAAAAUCAGUGAUCCAGUGCCUGCAAAUCCUUUUCCAGGAACUCAAAAUCCCCAGGUCCUGGUCUUAACUUUCAUGCUGUUGUGGUUUGGCCCAAUCCCUGUCCUCCUCUGUCUGAGACCUUUUUCCAGUAGUAUUCCUGGAUGUCUGAGAUGGGCACUGUUGUCAUCUAGUGCCUCUGCUUUUUCCUUUGGUUUCCGAUGGUUCUCUGGGUUGCCCCCUUUUUUCACUUUUUCUUUUUUAGACUUCUUUUCUUUACUACUGCCUGUAGAUUUGCAGGGGACACUCAUACUUUAGCUGAAUAUGUGGCCUCUCUCACUAUGGAAAUCUCAGAAGGACGGCUCUAUUCUGACAGUCAGUGGCAGGAAGGUCUUUUGGGGCCACGUAGAAGUGUCCUGCCUGGACAUGGAUCUCUAUGGACUUGGCGUCUCCUGUGGCGGGAUGCACCCCAGCCUCCAGCCUUGUCUCCAUCGACUCACUAGGUCCCAUCCUACUUUGUAAUGCAGGCUCAUACAUGGUACUCCUGUUUAACAGUGGUGUUAAACGUGUUUUUGUCAAACCAUUUUGUUUGAUUUUCUAAAGAACUAAUGAGACUGCCCCCGCUCCUUAUACAUUGGCUCGUCCUCUUGAGCCAGAGUUGUGAUUCCUGCAAUGUAUGUGCCUUAUUUUAUGUUGAUCGUGUCAAUGCGAGGGACCAUUAAUGUUGCCCAGUCAGAGCUCCAGGCAGCGCCCCAGCCAGCCGAGAGCACAUGAUUUUAGAGAGUCCAAGCUGUCUUGUAACCUGGUUUCCCAUGUUUUGAACCAAUAGGAGGAUGUUCUCUUCUGACAAUUUACUGUUGUGUAUUCUGCAGACAUGUAAGAUAAAAUACAAGUUCAUUUUUUUCACCUUUUUUAGAUUUUUAAAAAUAAAAUGUGUAAUCCUUUUUUAAAAGAAAGACAUGUAAAUACAUUUAAGUAUUGUAGAUGUAGUGUCCAGACGUGGCGGCCCGGCCUUCCUCGGGUCUGCCUGCAGCCCGUGCGGCCCCGCCAUGCCCACCUCUGGCCGCCACAGAUGGACUGACUUUUGCUUUCAGA